GCGAAGGCAAACAAGAUCAAUCGGGAGAAGAAGGCUCUUCUCCACCAUUCAGGUUCGAGACCUUUCUCCUAUAGGAUGGAGGCACGACGAAGGGUAUAUAUUAUAGCUUUCAUUUCCAAUUUUAAAAUAUCACUAAUUUUUUUUGCUACUAACAUUUUCCUUGUCUUUUUCAAUUUCAUGAGGGUUCAAUGGAGAUCGACAUCUUUGUUGACGUUUAUGUUCGGCCUGGGGAUGAGUUGACCGAGUCCCUUCAUGCAACAAUGGUGGAAAAGAGUCAGUCAGUGCUUCAGGAGUCUACCUCCCAGCUUCCCUUGGGCUCGCCGAUCGAGUACGUGGAUCCCCUUGAGGAUGUAGGGUUUCACAUCAUGAUAGAGACAUUGGACCAGACUUUCGGUCGGACGCCAAGGACUUACUGUCGGGGGAUGGGAAAUGCCAGGCGGCGGGAGAGUAGAGCCUCGUCAUCCUCGCAGUCAAAGGGCCAGGUUACGACUUUAACGCAGGAAGUCGCUAGCCUGAAGAGUGAGCUGGCAUCAUACAAGUCUCAAAUGUCGAUACUUGUACAAGCCCUCAGUUCCUCCAGAAAACAUCUCCCCGUUUUUUCUGCACCAUCGCCUUCACAACCCUUCCACACCGAGCAAGCACAGUAAUCAGGCCUGUCGACCUCCGACCUCGUCCCUAACCAACAACAAGAUUACCAAGCACCUUCGAACGACAUGCCUAUAGAUUUUUCCGCUUUUUUUUCAUAGUUUUGUUCCUGCUUUCUUUUAAAACU